CCGUGAUCUUCUAGCCUCGACGACGCCUUGACCUGCCCAUCAUGCCGCCUGCUCUUACUCUCAAGCACAUCAGUUCCCUCACAUUCGGACUGCCAUAUCUCUCGACGACCAGCGGCGUCCGCUCAUCACGCCAGCUCCUCGCAGCAUUGCCAGCCAAGCCCUCACCCAAGCACCAGGCCGUCCCUCAGGUGGCUAUCCAGGCGACCAAGGGCAGCGAAGCGUGGAUCGAGGCAGUGUAUAGCGACAUGAAGAAGCUCAGAGUGGAUACGGGCAGCGAGAUGACGGUAGAGCAGCUCUUCAGGAAGAUCGAGGCGCCGGCCAAGGCUCUUCGCCUCAAGGAGGAGGGUAUCUAGGCUCUGCAUCUCGCCGAAAGUUUCGUCCACGUACAUUGUAAUCUAAGCGCACGCAGCAACAGCAUUCUCACCAUGAUGACCAUGACCACGUCUUCUCGCCGCCUUCGCCAU